CGGGUUCCUCUUCUCUCGAUAAAACCCACUUUCAGCGACUGGGUGGAGACUGGAGAGAGCGAGAGAGAGAGAGAGAGAGAGAGCGAAUAAGCUUAGAGAGAGAAACUAAGGGAACCAGAGAGAAAGAGAGAGAGAAGAGAUGGCAGAGGAUCUGGUAUUGGACAGUGCAAUAAGGGACUGGGUUCUGAUCCCUCUCUCUCUUGUGAUGGUGCUCAUCGGUAUCCUACGCCACUUUGUGACGAAGCUCAUGCGUUCGUCCCAGCCGCCUGAUAUCAAGAUCCUCAAAGAAAAUCAGGUUGUGAUGAGAGCAAGGAAUUUGCGAACAUGUGCAAAUCUCAUCCCUGCAAAGUCUUUCCGGUCCCGUCGUGUUUACUUUAGCAAUGAGGAAAAUGGAUUGCUUUAUGUUCCAAAAGGACAGGCGCAAAACCCACAAGCCCAAAUGCUUACUGAUCCAAACAUGGCUACUGAUAUGAUGAAAAAGAACCUUUCAAUGAUCAUACCUCAGACUCUGACCUUCGCGUGGGUGAACUUCUUCUUCUCAGGAUUUGUUGCAGCCAAGAUCCCUUUUCCACUUACGCAGAGGUUCAGAUCCAUGUUGCAAAAUGGAAUUGACUUGAGCACGGUUGAUGUCAGCUAUGUCAGCAGCCGUUCAUGGUACUUCCUAAAUCUUUUUGGCUUGAGGGGUCUCUUCAGCCUCAUUUUGGGAGAAGAAAAUGCCUUGGACGACACGCAACGGAUGAUGCAAAUGGGUGGCUUUGGCUUUGAUCCAACAAAGAGCUUGAGUGCAGAAAAGGAUAGUCUUGACAUAAUUCAGCAUGACUGGGCCUUGCCAAGAAUAGAACAGCGUGCAGAAUCAAUAUUGAGAAAGCUCACGAACUAAACCAUUUCCAUAAAUGGAGUACGGGCUGUUCUUGAUGCCUGAAAUUGUGAAAGAUGCCUUGUGAAAGAGAUACAUUUUCAGCACGAGGUUCUUUUGAUGCCUGAAAUUGUGAGAGCCUUAUUUUUUCAUGUAUUGAUAGACAAAAUUCUACUAAACAAGAUCCAAUCUCAUCUGCAUUCGAGUUCGUUUUUCUCUCAUGCUAAAUAAGCUUCAGGAUAAUCUUCUCACCUUUUUCUUUCUAUUUCGAUUGGUAAGCACAAGGAUGUUUGUUUUGCUACCAAUAAAACAAAAAAAGGAAUAUGCUUUUGCUAUGUA